GAAUAGGAAGCUGAACGGGACCCCAGACCCCACGACGGAGCCUGCGCCUCAAGUGUGGCGCAGGGAUAACCCACCGUGGAUGGACAGAACUGCUGACCGGCUUCGCAGCAACCCUUGCAGCCCUAAUCACCAAUCGCACGAAGACACAGCAGCUACCCCGACUUUCGAUGGUCGACAUUGUCUGCCAUAGCGUGGGGAGAGUGGGUCGCAAGAGCGCUGAGGCUGAAGGGUGGAAGCUUUUCCUUCGUCCAGACCGUUGAGACGCUCGUCCCGCGCUUUCCUGUCUCUCCACUUGCACAUCUCCGCCGGUCAGGCGUGGACCGACCUCAAGGCAGCAGCGCGCCGACCACGACGGAGCGCCUUUUAUACUCUGGCGUCUUCUUGCGCUGUUUGACGACAAAAGCAUCUGCCGGCGUAGAACGUUCGGCGAUUCCCUGCGAGGCAAGAGAGAAAGCGGAGUGUGUCGCUCUGGGCAGCCCUGCGCAUUCGGUCGAUAUGGCGCCCCGGAUGAGCUUCAUGGACCUCUCGGUGGAUAUCAAGACGCUCAUUGUGCAGCAUGUCAUUCGUCCUACCGACCUCAGAAACGUAUGUCUCGUCUGCAAGCAGCUCCACGAAAUCGCCGUCCGCCAGCUCUACUACGAAGUCACGCUCGACGUCGGCAGCCCGAAGGACACAAGCCUGGGGGCUUUCUUGAGCCCCAAGAACAUCGGUCUACAACAUGUGCGGAAGCUCGACCUUUACCUUGCCGACGUCCUCGACAAGUGCAAUCAGCUGCAGCAGGCCAACUUUGCCAUUCGCAUGAUACUCGAGCUGCUUCCGGAGAACACACUGGAGAAGUUCUCGUGGCAUCCUUGGUCGCCGUUCUCCGGGGAGAACCUCAUACUGCUGUACAAGAAGCAAAAACGCAUGAAAUGGCUUGAAGGCAUUGCGCUCGACGGGAACGUCCUGGCUGAGAUUCAGAAGAUCCCGGACUUUGACAAGGUGUUUGCGAAUGUGAGGAAGCUUGGCCUAUAUCCGGACAGUCGCGAGGUGCUGGACUACUGCCACCUGCUGCUGAAGAACUCGCCGAAGGUAGAGAAGAUUACACUGCAUGCAAGCUUCGAGGAGAACGACUCGCCGAUCCCCAACCGCGAGCUCAAUGAUUCAAGCACUGGACCAGGUCUCAUCACCUCGACGAUGUUCAACCACAUGCAGCCAUUCUCCAAAUGCACCCCGUUGGCACUCAAGGAGAUCACGCUUCAGAAGAUCAACCUGCGAUAUGCCGCUAAUACAUAUUGCAAACUCAUCGACUUCCAGUCCGUUAAGUCCAUCCGAGUGUUUGCUUGCGCCGGUGCGGACGCAUUAUUUGCAGAACUUAGUAAGAGCACGACGCUGCCUGAGAAGCUGGAGACACUGGAAUUUAAGCACGACGACAACCAUGAGAACGAUGGAUUAGGCGCAUUGGAUGGAUUCAUGUGCUUGGUCUCCGGUAUCAAGGUCCUGACGAUCGAUUUGACGUAUGCAAAGAGCUUGCCAGCAGCUGCAGGAAUUAUUCGACAUGGGAAGACGUUGACACAGCUCAAUGUACACGCAAGCCGUAUCCCGGACGACUGCGACGACGAGCUGGUUUACGACUACUCCUCCUUCUCGCAGAUCUGUAAGGAUUGCCCGCUCUUGGAGCAGGUGUCGGUGGCAUUCCCCCAGGUCAGCGUCAUUCGGUCGAAGCAAGAUUCGUUUAUCAACUUCGAGAACUGCUUAGGCGACCUAGCGCACCUAGUGACGCUCAAUAUCACGACAUGGCCGAACAACAACCCUUCAUCGACCAAGUUACCCCGAAAGGUAUACGAACACCUGCUCCAAGGCCUCGCCCAGCAAGGCUUCGAACGCUCAGCCGCGCAUGCCGCAGAGCAGCAGCGCACAUCGAAACUCGCGAUCAUCGCGUGGGGUUCUUCGGACAAGGUCUACGACCGCGAAGACAGUCAAAAUCAAAUCAUCUUUGUCAAGGGGAAGCAGAUGGACCCACUGGGCAACGAGAAAUCGCAUUCGCGCCAUCCGGACCUCUCGUCGCGGCAAAUCGUCGGCACGAUGUCGUCGCAAUACCCUCCACCGCCCGCAUCGGACGACCCGCAUUACACGCGCAUCUACCCGGCGCCGCCGCCGCCGCCGCCGCAGAAUGCACCGCUGCUCGACGCCCAGCAGCAGCAGCAGCCGCGGAUACAGUACCCUCAGGACAUAUACCCGAAGAUCGAGAAUCUGAGCGACGUCCUGCAGCAGCAGGCGCAACAUGCGAAUCUGGUCAGCGACCAGCGCGGCCAUGCGCCGCCGCCUUCGCAGCAGUCCGUGCAGGAACAGCAGCAGCAGAAGACGAAUCGGCUGCGCAAGGCGUGUGAUUCUUGCAGUAUCCGCAAGGUGAAGUGUGAUGAGUCCGGACCGCCGUGUAAAGCCUGCGCAACUCUCGAUAUCCCCUGCACCUUCGACCGACCAAGCCGACGACGAGGACCUCCCAAUCGCCAUGCGGAAGCUAUCAAGAAGAAGCGUCGUGUAGGCAGUGGGGAGCCGGGCUCAACACCCUCCAACCCGGCAUCGCCCACAAAUGCUGCUCAUGCACUCGCGCAGCUGUCUACACUUCCUCCGCAUCCGCUCUCUGCUGAGUCGAUAUGCCCUCUUCCGACGAUGAACGCUCUCAUAGACGAUUUCUUCACCUACAUCCAUCCGUUGUGUCCGUUCCCGCACGAGCCGUCGUUCCGAGAAGCGUGGGAGAAUCGCGAGGAUUGUAGGAAUCCAGCAUUCCUAGCUCUUCUAGCUUCGAUGAUCGCCGCUCUCGUGGCCUCGUUCCCGCGCAAGCCGCGACUACACCUGAAGCAGCAGACGCGAAAUUUUUACCCCUCUCAUCUGUCGCUCGUAGAGAAGUGCAGGGAAACGUGCGCGCAGGCACGUGGGAUAGGAUAUCUGGACCGACCGAGCCUGAACGUUUAUGAUGCAUGCACGAGCUACUUCUUGGGAUUGACCGGAGCCUACAUUUUCCAGUGGCGACAGCUGCGGCUCUACUUUGGCGAGUGCCUGACCAUUCUUCGUUCGCUGGGCCUGCACAAGGCGCAGGAUCCGGGGUAUACGCAGCUAGGUGGGCUGCCAAAUGCAGUGGGAUCACAAGGACCGAACUUUGAGGGCUCGCGGGAUCUGAAGCUCGAUAUGAUCACUGAGCAGAUCGGUCGGAGAGUCUUCUGGACGGUGUUUGUUGGCGUGCGGACCAUGCAACAGCUGGGUACAUCGUUCGGAGAGCUUACCAUUCUACCGUCUACGCCAACCGAGCCGCUUCCUCCUCUCCCGCUUGAGGUUGACGAUGCGUGCAUCUACCCCAACGAAAUACAUGCCCAGCAAGCUGGUGUGGUGCCCUUGAUCGCAGGGUUCAACAUCAAUGUCCGCAUUUAUCUUUCAUAUUCUUCCUUAUCGAGCGCGGAGAUGAUAUUUGGCAUCGACGAGCUCUUCGACUGGGACCGGCAGCAGCGAAUACUGGAGCAGUCUCUACAGCGAUGUAGACAAGUCCUCGAAAACAUUCCAGACGUCCUCAAGAUCCAUUCAAAGGACAACCAGAGCGGCAGCUUUGGGCAGCGGAGGCAGCCCUACUAUCCACCCAUGCCAGAGUACGCGAACUUGCGAGAUCCCGCGCUGGGGAUGUACAACGGCCCAGAGUCUCAUGAAGCACGUCGCGAGUCGCAAUACGAGAUACAGAAAGCGAAUAUAUACGGGAGCCACUUAAGUAUCCGCUCGUAUCUGGUGGAGAAGUACUUCGCGUUGCUGGAUAAGUCGAACAAUGCGCGGACACAGCAAGCGCUCCAGAGCUCAAAGGACGCCCUUGCAGCAGGCCUGGACAGGCUAAUCUCUAGCCCGAGUACCGAUGCGGAAGCGUUGGAGAAGAUGAUGUCGGCGGAGCGCGAGCAAGUGGUCAAGGAUCUGCUAGUGGUGCUAGGAAGCAUCGAUAUGGUCAAUAUGGAGCCGAAUGGCGACAGCUUCACGCAAAAAAUUCGAUCAAUCGCUAGCACGCUGCUCGAAGUGCCCAAGGAGCGCAGGGGCUCUGUAGCGCAGCAACACCAAGAUUACCUGUACAAGUUCCUCGAUGUUCUUAGCAAGCUGGAGCGCGUCAGCCCAGAGGGCUCGGAUCCCAACGGCAAUGCUCCUAUCGACGAGGAGACUGAGCUGAGGCAUUGGGCGGACCUUAGGGAUUACCAGUUGAGGUUUCAAGAGCAGGGAGGGAUUUAUGGGUAUUCGUGAAACGAUAAUAGCCGGCCUCGGCAUCAUUAGCAGGGCUGAAAUGCCUCGAAAUGAUUGUAUCUACCGGCCUGAGGGGUGCGCUGGAUGGCACUGUAAUCGAUAGUGUUAGAAAGGAAUGUUUUAAUGAAUAUUUUAUGUUUCUAC